AUGUCCGUCUCUUUUGCUCGCCUAGCGGGCAAUGCGCCCAAAAGGCUCUGUCUACGCCCCUCCAACUUGUUCAACACAUCUGUGCCUCGUUCCCGCUCCAUAACUACCACUGCUCCUCGUCGCCAUGCUGAGGCUACAGGCUACCAGGCCACACGACUCAUUCCGACCGACCCGUUGUUCACCGCAUUGGCUAACAAGGGGCUGGCUGAUUCUGAGUAUGCUGAGGCUGCUGCUCUUGAAUCUGAGGUUGAGGAGGUGAACCGCAAGAUUCGACACUAUACCGUCAACUUCGGUCCUCAGCAUCCGGCUGCUCACGGUGUGCUCCGAUUGAUUCUGGAACUCAAUGGCGAGGAGAUCGUCCGUUCCGAUCCCCACGUCGGUCUACUCCACCGUGGUACUGAGAAGUUGAUCGAGUAUAAGACCUAUAUGCAGGCUCUGCCCUACUUCGACCGAUUGGACUACGUUUCCAUGAUGACAAACGAGCAGUGCUUUGCCGUCGCCGUCGAGAAGCUGCUGAACGUUGAAAUCCCAGACCGUGCUAAGUGGAUUCGGACCAUGUUUGGCGAGAUCACCCGUAUUCUGAACCACCUUAUGUCCAUCCUCUCCCACGCAAUGGACGUUGGUGCCCUGACUCCUUUCCUGUGGGGUUUCGAGGAGCGUGAGAAGCUCAUGGAGUUCUAUGAACGAGUUUCCGGUGCCCGGCUCCACGCCGCUUAUGUCCGCCCUGGUGGUGUUUCGCAGGACCUUCCCCUUGGUCUCUUGGACGACAUCUAUCAGUGGGCCACCCAGUUCGGUGACCGUAUUGACGAGACCGAGGAACUGCUCACUGACAACCGUAUCUGGAAGAUGCGAACUCAAGGUGUCGGUGUUGUCAAUGCCACGGAUGCCCUGAACAUGAGUCUUACUGGUGUUAUGCUCCGUGGCUCCGGUGUCCCGUGGGAUAUCCGCAAGUCGCAGCCAUAUGACGCUUAUGACCAGGUCGAGUUUGACGUGCCCGUCGGUGUCAACGGUGACUGCUACGACCGUUAUCUGUGCCGUAUGGAGGAGUUCCGCCAGUCUCUCCGCAUCAUUCAUCAGUGCCUAAACAAGAUGCCUGCUGGACCCGUCCGAGUGGAAGACUAUAAGAUUUCGCCCCCUCCCCGUGCUGCCAUGAAGGAGAACAUGGAGGCUCUGAUCCACCACUUCCUCCUGUUCACUAAGGGUUACUCUGUACCCCCCGGAGAGACUUACUCUGCCAUUGAGGCUCCCAAGGGUGAGAUGGGUGUGUUCCUUGUCAGUGAUGGCAGUGAGCGCCCUUACCGCUGCAAGAUUCGUGCUCCUGGUUUCGCCCACUUAGGUGCCUUUGACCAGAUCUCUCGUGGUCACCUUUUGGCUGAUGCUGUCGCUAUCAUCGGAACCAUGGAUCUGGUGUUCGGUGAAGUUGACCGGUAA